AUGAAACCUCAUAAGGACCACAUGGGAUCCAGUCCCAGAGCCCCAGUCCCUCCAGUCCCAGAGCCCCAGUCCCAGUCCCUCCAGUCCCAGAGCCCCAGUUUCCCCCAGCCCCAGUCCUUCCAGUCCCAGAGCCCCAGUCCCUUCUGCCCCAGACUCUCCAGUCCCAGAGCCCCAGUCCCUUCUGCCCCAGAGCCCCAGACUCUCCAGUCCCAGAGCCCCAAGCCCCAGUCCCAGUCCCUCCAGUCCCAGAGCCCCAGUCCAUUCAGUCCCAGAGCCCCAGACCCUCCAGUCCCAAAGCCCCAGUUCCUCCAGUCCCAGAGCCCCAGUCCCUCCAGUCCCAGAGCCCCAGUCCCUCCAGUCCCAGAGCCCCAGUCCCUCCAGUCCCAGAGCCCCAGUCCCUCCAGUCCCAGAGCCCCAGUCCCUCCAGUCCCAGAGUCCCAGUCCCUCCAGUCCCAGAGCCCCAGUCCCUCCAGUCCCAGAGCCCCAGACCCUCCAGUCCCAGAGCCCCAGUCCCUCCAGUCCCAGAGUCCCAGUCCCUCCAGUCCCAGAGCCCAAGUCCAUUCAGUCCCAGAGCCCCAGACCCUCCAGUCCCAGAGCCCCAGUCCCUCCAAGCCCCAGUCCCAGUCCCUCCAGUCCCAGAGCCCCAGUCCAUUCAGUCCCAGAGCCCCAGACCCUCCAGUCCCAAAGCCCCAGUUCCUCCAGUCCCAGAGCCCCAGUCCCUCCAGUCCCAGAGCCCCAGUCCCUCCAGUCCCAGAGCCCCAGUCCCUCCAGUCCCAGAGCCCCAGACCCUCCAGUCCCAGAGCCCCAGACCCUCCAGUCUCAGAGCCCCAGUCCCUCCAGUCCCAGAGCCCCAGUCCCUCCAGUCCCAGAGCCCCAGUCCCUCCAGUCCCAGAGCCCCAGUCCCUCCAGUCCCAGAGCCCCAGACCCUCCAGUCCCAGAGCCCCAGACCCUCCAGUCCCAGAGCCCCAGUCCCUCCAGUCCCAGAGCCCCAGUCCCUCCAGUCCCAGAGCCCCUACCCUCCAGUCCCAGAGCCCCAGUCCCAGAGCCCCAGUCCCUCCAGUCCCAGAGCCCCAGUCCCUCCAGUCCCAGAGCCCCAGACCCUCCAGUCCCAGAGCCCCAGACCCUCCAGUCCCAGAGCCCCAGUCCCUCCAGUCCCAGAGCCCCAGUCCCUCCAGUCCCAGAGCCCCUACCCUCCAGUCCCAGAGCCCCAGUCCCAGAGCCCCAGUCCCUCCAGUCCCAGAGCCCCAGUCCCUCCAGUCCCAGAGCCCCAGACCCUCCAGUCCCAGAGCCCCAGACCCUCCAGUCCCAGAGCCCCAGUCCCUCCAGUCCCAGAGCCCCAGUCCCUCCAGUCCCAGAGCCCCUACCCUCCAGUCCCAGAGCCCCAGUCCCUCCAGUCCCAGAGCCCCAGUCCCUCCAGUCCCAGAGCCCCAGUCCCUCCAGUCCCAGAGCCCCAGACCCUCCAGUCCCAGAGCCCCAGUCCCUCCAGUCCCAGAGCCCCAGUCCCUCCAGUCCCAGAGCCCCUACCCUCCAGUCCCAGAGCCCCAGUCCCAGAGCCCCAGUCCCUCCAGUCCCAGAGCCCCAGUCCCUCCAGUCCCAGAGCCCCAGACCCUCCAGUCCCAGAGCCCCAGACCCUCCAGUCCCAGAGCCCCAGUCCCUCCAGUCCCAGAGCCCCAGUCCCUCCAGUCCCAGAGCCCCUACCCUCCAGUCCCAGAGCCCCAGUCCCAGAGCCCCAGUCCCUCCAGUCCCAGAGCCCCAGUCCCUCCAGUCCCAGAGCCCCAGACCCUCCAGUCCCAGAGCCCCAGACCCUCCAGUCCCAGAGCCCCAGUCCCUCCAGUCCCAGAGCCCCAGUCCCUCCAGUCCCAGAGCCCCUACCCUCCAGUCCCAGAGCCCCAGUCCCUCCAGUCCCAGAGCCCCAGUCCCUCCAGUCCCAGAGCCCCAGUCCCUCCAGUCCCAGAGCCCCAGACCCUCCAGUCCCAGAGCCCCAGUCCCUCCAGUCCCAGAGCCCCAGACCAUCCAGUCCCAGAGCCCCAGUCCCUCCAGUCCCAGAGCCCCAGACCCUCCAGUCCCAGAGCCCCAGAGCCCCAGUCACUCCAGUCAGCCCCGUAUGCUGCAGAUGGACACAUUCUCACAGAACAGUUCCUCGGUCUGGAGGCUGGAGUUUGUUCCCGCUCUCUGCUCUCCGCCCUGCGCCCUCCGACCUUCGGCUGUCUCGUCUGGUUUGUGGCCCCGGCCAUGCUCAUGCCCCCUGGAGCCGCUGGACCCGCUGCACUACCAUGA